CUGAGACACCAUGAUGCCCAUGCCAGCCCUGCAGGGCCGCUGCCUGCUCCUGCUUCUCUUCCUUUCCUCCUGCCCACGGGUGGAGGGCACCUGGGGUGGCACAGGACCACAGCUCUCUGCAGCCUCCUUCCUGCAGGACCUCCUCCAGCGCUACGGAGAGAGCCAAAGCCUGAGCCUGAAGCAGCUCAAGGCUCUGCUCAACCACCUGGACGUGGGAGUGGGACGUGCCAACAGCUCCCAGCACCGCCUCAACCUCUCCAGGUGCUUCAGCUCCGCCGAGCUCUUCGCCAUCCACAACCUGAGCCAGGGCUCUGCCCUGGGGCACAGCGAGUUCAAGGAGUUCUGCCCUACCAUCCUGCAGCAGCUGGAGUCAGGGGCCUGUGCCUCUGAGAACCUGGAGAAUGAGGAGAAUGAGCAGACAGAGGAGACCAGGCCCAGCUCAGCUGAAGUGUGGGGCUUUGGUUUUCUCAGUGUGUCCAUGAUUAACGUGGCCUCCCUGCUCGGAGUCUUCAUCGUCCCGUGUGCCCGGAGGACCUUUUUCAGCCGGGUCCUCACCUUUUUCAUCGCGCUCUCCAUCGGCACGCUGCUCUCUACCGCGCUCCUCCAGCUCAUCCCAGAGGCGUUUGGCUUCAACCCUCAAGAAGAUUAUUACGUGUCCAAAUCUGCUGUGGUCUUUGGGGGCUUCUACCUCUUCUUCUUCACAGAGAAGAUCCUGAAGAUGCUCCUGAAGCAGAAGGACCAGCAUCACCAUGGGCACAGCCACUAUGGCCCUGAGGCUCUGCCAUCCAAGAAGGACCAGGACGAGGGAGUGACUGAGAAGCUGCAGAACGGGGACAUGGACCACAUGAUCCCCCCCAGAGCCAGUGAGCUGGAGUGCAAGAGCCCCCCUGGGGAUGAGAAGGUUGUGGUUGGCUCCCUCUCUGUCCAGGACCUCCAGGCCUCCCAGAGCGCCUGCUACUGGCUGAAGGAGGUUCGCUACUCGGACAUCGGGACCCUGGCCUGGAUGAUCACCCUCAGCGACGGCCUCCACAACUUCAUCGACGGCUUGGCCAUCGGGGCCUCCUUCACUGUCUCUGUCUUCCAAGGCAUCAGCACCUCGGUGGCCAUCCUCUGUGAGGAGUUCCCCCACGAGCUGGGGGACUUUGUGAUCCUGCUGAACGCCGGCAUGACCAUCCGCCAGGCUCUCUUCUUCAACUUCAUCUCUGCCUGCUGCUGCUACCUGGGCCUGGCCUUUGGCAUCGUGGCUGGCAGCCACUUCUCUGCCAACUGGAUCUUUGCCCUGGCUGGGGGCAUGUUCCUCUACAUCGCCCUGGCUGACAUGUUCCCUGAGAUGAACGAGGUGAGCCGGGAGGACGAGCAGAACGGCAGCGCCCUCAUCACCUUCGGCAUCCAGAACGCAGGGCUGCUGACAGGCUUCACCAUCAUGGUGCUGCUCACCAUGUACUCUGGCCAGAUCCAGAUCGGCUAGGACCCAGCCUGGCUCCCAGCCCUGCUCCAGCUGGCUCCACUGGGGUGCUUUGU